AGCCUAAACAGCAGUCAAAUCCGGGGUCGAACAUAGGCUGUGAUAUUUGGCUCUCGUACACAUAUUUGCACUGGUAAAUGUGAUUGCGACGCCAAAGCCUCCAGGCCGCAGUAGACUUUCCACAAAGGUAUCAAGCAUGAAGAAGGUCCUCGUCGGCUACGGCAUCGAUGUUGAUGCCGUGGCAGGAUGGAUUGACACCAAAGAUGGGUCAAGGGCUGACCCUGUCGAAAUAUCUCGUGGUAUGUUUGGGGCACUGGUUGGCGUUGAUCGUCUCCUCAAACUUCUUGCCACGCAUAAUAUCAAGGCAUCGUGGUACAUUCCAGCACAUACCCUUGAGACAUUUCCUGUGCAAGUUUCGAGGAUCGUGGACGGCGGUCAUGAAAUAGGCUUCCACGGAUACAGCCACGAGUAUGUCUCACAACUCUCCGAACAGCAGGAACGCGACGUCCUCCGAAAAUCCAUAGAUGUAUUCAUGGCCUUCACCGGCAAGAAGCCCACCGGAUGGACGGCUCCAGCAUUCACAACAUCCUCUCGAACCGUACAUCUCCUUGAAGAGAUGGGCAUACAAUACGACCACUCGUUUAUGCAUCACGACUGUCAACUGUACAUGACUCCUUACAGCGACUACGGUGCCGUCACAACGGCCUACCAGGGUGACCACAACUCGACCAGAAACGCCAGUGACUGGAUGAAACGCAUGCCCAAUCCCAAAAUCUCCACCCUUGUCACUGUUCCUGCAAAUUGGCACCUUGACGACUGGCCUCCGUUCUCCCCAGGUGACAACAGCAGUAAUGGGUUCAUUGAUCCUUACGUCGUCGAAAAGAUGUGGAAAGAGCACUUCGAGUACUGCUACGAGGAAUACGAUGAAUUUGUCUUUCCUCUUAGCAUUCAUCCCCAGAUCAGUGGGACACCGCAGAUUAUCAAGAUGCACCAGAGACUGAUUGAGUGGGUCAAUGGAUUUGACGGUGUUGAGUGGUGCACAUUUGAAGAAAUGGUCGCGCAAUACAAACGAGGUCUGAUAUCAGGGUUCAAUGUGGAGAAAGCCAUGGGAAUAAGUGAGGAAAGAUAUCCAACGGAAAGAAAAUAGUAUUUUGUUCCCCUUUAUUCUGCUAGACUAAACUUCACCUCGAGCCUGUGGCCCUUGGGACCUGCUAGGUAGUUAUCGACCGGGGUCAUGUCCCCGUGGUCAUAAAUUGUAGUCGUGAAGUUGGUAUAAACACCACCGAACAGGUAUUUGAUAG